CACAACCACAAUCCCCGAAGGAAUAGGUUGACGAAAGGAUUUGAAGUCAGCAAUGCAGUUUAAAUUAAGUUAAUUUUAGGCUAAAUGUUAAAUUGACACUGUAAUGUAAAGAAAUUACCUUUUUAGACUCAUAUCGGUCAUGCAGGUCUCGCGGAUCCGCGCGGCGCGUAAAAGCGAGUGGCUCAAAUGCGCGCUCGCGCACUACUUCAGCCCAGAAUCAGAUCCCUACGUGGAAAACGAGAUCGUGGUUUUGGCCACCGGUUUGGACCAGUACCUCCAGGAGGUGUUUCAUCACCUCGCCUUUUACAACGGCGAUAUCGUUUCGAAUGAGGACUUUAGGAGUCUGUGUUUGAUUUUGGGAUUCCCCGCGAGCGCGGAGACUGAGAACGUCACCUCAGAGCACCGGGACAUUUGCGAUGGACUUCCUCGUCUGCUUAACUUUAAAGAAUUCCACGCACGACUAUGUGGAUUUUUCUCGCUAAAAGCGCAGGAAGGGCAGAAGGGAGUUCGACUUCCGGUCAGUGAGGAGACCGAGCACAUCGAGCGCGAGAUCAGACUCCGGUGUCCCCGCGUCCGGAGGAGAAAGUGCGUCAGUUUUGAUCUGUCUGCCGACCAACAGAUCCGGAAGGGGUCAGUGAGGAGUCCAGCAGCAUCUCAGAAUCCGGAUCCUCUGCAGAGUUCUGCUGCGGAAGCCAAGAAAAACACAGUGGAUAUUAACCCUCAGAGAAGAUGGCAGGAUCAACUAGUGCUGGAGAACGCCAGUCUGAGGGAGCUGGUGGAGGAUCUGCGUUCAGCCCUCCAGAGCAGCGACGCGCGGUGCUUGGCACUGGAGGUCGCGUUACGCCGAAGAGACAUGCCGUCCCAAAAUACUGCUGAAACCCAAAACUGCAAAACAAAAACACAGCAGUCCAAACACAUGGAAUGGGACUCCAGAAGAAGCACUAAAGACCUUCUACGAGAGCUGGAACUGAUCCGUGCUUCACGUGAUGGACAGCUAGAGGAAGCCAUGAGGUUUAACCAGAGGUUAGAGGAAGAGCUGAUGGCGGCUUAUGGAGAGAUUAGCAGGAUGCAGGAGAUGCUGGACAGCGUCCGGACUGAAAACACACGGAUUAAGAAGAGGACUGAAGAGGUCAGAGAGUCACUGGCCGCAGGGCUGCAGGGGGUGAGGGCCUUAGAAGAGCAGGCUCAACGAGCUCAGAGUCUGGAGAGCCAGCUGGAGAAGUUCAGGGCCCAGUGCACCUGUGCAAAGCUAAAUAUGAACAAAACCGAAAUACUAGCUGAACCAUAUGGGUCUGGAUUCCCCUCCCCAACCAGUCAUGAUGAUGGCAGAAGAGAAGAAGACCUGCAGAGGUCAGUAGAGGGUUGUGCAGCAUCCGAUGAGGAAGAGGAGGAGAGGGGCAUGGAUGAAGGACAAUGCUGCCACCUGCAGGUGAAACAGCUAAUCAACCGAUUACACUACUGUGCCAAAGGGUGUCAGAAAGCUGCUAUCUGUAACUGGCUUGUCUCUCAGAGCUCCGCUCACAGCAAAGAACCUAAAGCACGUGUGUGGAUUCCUCAAGUGGAUGAUAGGAGAAAUGAAGCAGGAAAUAUGAAGCAGAAAGAGGUAGAGAGUUUGAAAGUUUAUCCUUCACCGCUGGAGGAGAGACUGACUGACACGCUCACAUUACUGCUGCAGAUCCCACAUAAAAGAGUCUCUCGCAGGAUCUUGGGAAAAAUACUGGUCAACACACUAGAUCUGUGUACUAGAAAAAGCCACGACUGCACUCUGGUGGUUCAGGUGGUGGACACACUGUGUGGGCAGCUUCUCUCCAGUGACCUCCUGGAUGGAGGAGAGGAGGUCAGCGUUGGGUCACGACCUUCUGUGACCUCAGGUCACCAGAACACGUCCAAACCCCUUCUGAUGUCCUGCUGAGACCUCACUGAUGCCCCACUUAAGA